GCCGCGGCAGCGCCGUCCCUGCGCCCUCCGUGCCGGCCCUGGCACUGCCCCGCCGCCGGGGCCGGGCUGCCUUUCCUGGGCUCGGCAAGCCGGCGGAUCUGCCGCGGCUGCAGCUGGAGAUGGCAUGGGAGCAGUGAAACAGUGACUGGGAGGUGCUGCAGGCUUUGUGCUGCUCCCUGGACCCUGGUUCUGGCAGCAGGAGCAGGCGCUCCCAGGAGCUGAUGGAUUAGCGGCAGCAGGCUCGGGAGGGGCUGGAAGGAGCAUGGUCAAGCACCAACCCCUGCAGUACUACGAGCCCCAGCUAUGUCUGUCCUGUCUGACCGGGAUCUACGGCUGCCGCUGGAAACGGUACCAGCGGUCACAUGAUGACACCACCAAGUGGGAGCGCCUCUGGUUCCUCAUCCUCACCUCAUCCUUCUUCCUCACCCUGGUGUGGUUUUACUUCUGGUGGGAAGUUCACAAUGACUACAAUGAAAUCAACUGGUUUUUGUAUAACCGGAUGGGAUACUGGAGUGACUGGUCCAUUCCAAUCCUUGUAACAACUGCUGCUGGCUUCACCUACAUCACAAUGUUACUGAUCCUGGCCCUGUGUCACAUAGCUGUGGGGCAGCAGAUGAACCUGCACUGGCUGCACAAGAUUGGCCUGGUGACAACCCUGAUAACCACUGUGGUGACCAUGUCAUCGAUAGCACAGCUUUGGGAUGAUGAGUGGGACAUGGUUUUUAUUUCACUGCAGGCCACAGCCCCUUUCUUGCACAUAGGAGCCCUGGCAGCUGUGACGGCGCUGUCGUGGUUGGUGGCAGGGCAGUUUGCACGGACAGAGAAAGCCACCUCGCAGAUGCUGAUGUUCUCUGCAUACCUGGCAGCUGUGGUUGCGCUUUACCUUGUGCCCCUGGCCAUCUCCUCGCCCUGCAUCAUGGACAAGGCAGCCCUGGCACCCAGGCCAGCCAUCCUGGGGCACCGAGGGGCUCCCAUGCUGGCCCCAGAGAACACUCGGAUGUCCUUCCAGAAGGCAGUGGAGCAGAAGGUGUCUGGAGUGCAGGCUGAUGUGGUACUGAGCUAUGAUGGGGUGCCCUUCCUGAUGCACGACAAGACUCUCAGGAGAACAACCAACGUGGAGGAGGUGUUCCCAGAGCGCGCCUACGAGCACUGCUCCAUGUUCAACUGGACUGACCUGGAGAAGCUCAACGCUGGCGAGUGGUUCCUGCAGAAUGACCCUUUCUGGACAGCAGGGUCUCUCUCAAGGGCUGACUACUUGGAGGCUGCCAACCAGUCAGUCUGCAAGCUGGAAGAUAUGCUGGAGGUGAUCAAGGACAACACAUCCCUGAUCCUGAACUUCCAGGACCUGCCAGCAGCUCAUCCCUACUACAGCACUUACAUCAACAUCACCCUGGAAACCAUCCUGGCAUCGGGCAUUCGGCAGCAGGCUGUGAUGUGGCUGCCAGACACGGAGAGGCAGCUGGUCAGGCAGCUUGCCCCAGGUUUCCAGCAGACCUCUGGCCUGAAGCUGGACGCAGAGCGCCUGCGGGAGAAGGGCAUCGUGAAGCUCAACCUGCGCUACACCAGGGUCACCAACGAGGAGGUCAGGGACUACAGCAUGGCCAACCUGAGUGUGAACCUGUACACGGUGAACGAGCCCUGGCUGUUCUCCAUCCUCUGGUGCGCCGGCGUCCCCUCGGUCACCUCCGACAGCUCCCACCUCCUCCGCAAGGUGCCUUUCCCCAUCUGGCUCAUGCCUCCAGACGAGUACCACCUAAUCUGGAUCACGUCUGAUCUCAUUUCAUUUCUUGUAAUUGUAGGAGUUUUUAUAUUCCAGAACUAUCACAUGAUCAGGUGGCGCCUGGGCAGCAUCAGGACCUACAACCCCGAGCAGAUCAUGCUCAGCGCCGCCGUGCGCCGCUCCAGCCAGGACGUCAAGAUCAUGAAGGAGAAGCUGAUCUUCUCAGAGAUCAACAACGGCGUGGAGAGCACGGAUGAGCUGUCCUUCUGCUCCGAGAACGGCUUUGCCAACGAGCUGGUGACACCCACGGACACCAAGCUGCGCAUCAACUGAGGCUCUGCCAUCCCUGAGGCUCUGCCAUCCCUGAGGCUCUGCCAUCCCUGAGGCUCUGCCAUCACCUGAGGCUCUGCCAUCCCUGAGG